AUGAAGUGGAUUUCUUUGGUGUUUUUAUUUGGUCUGUUGGCUGUAGCUAUGGCUUCCCCACUGACCCCCGGUGACGUUGUUAUAAAUGGAGAUUGUAAAAGUUGUAAUGUGCAUGGAGGCUAAAAGUAACCCAUUUCUACAACAAAAUAAAAUCUUUAAAUUUCAUAGAAAAAGAAUGUUUAUUCAAAAUUUAAGUCCAAAAUUUCAUAGCCAAUGAAUGUUUAUUAAAAAUUCAAGUCAAAUGGGUCAAGCCUUUACUAUAUAAAGUAAGGCUUUUUUAAAAAAGUAAAGGAGAAAUUUUUUUUCAAAAUAUUUAGCACACUUUAGGAUUUUUUAAAGAAUGUAAAAUUGUAUUACCCGAAAAAUAAAUCACACUAAAUUUAACUGUACAAA